UCACUUAUUUUCUUUAUGCUUGACGAGAUUUCACAAUACUCUGACAUUCACCAUCAAAAGUAUCAGGACUACGGAUCUGUUGAGCAAUUGAUGCAUUCCUUUUUUGAGGCUCUGUCCGAAAAAAAGGGCCAGUCAUUUCCUGCUGUGCUUCGCCCAAUGAAUGAUGGAACAGAAACUGGUCGAAAUCGGCCAUUAUCAAAAGAUCUCUUUGAAAGUGACAUCGUGUUGACGGUUGAUCAACUGAAAGGGAUCGUUCUGGCAGAACGGGAUCGUCGGUUAAGAAAAUCUGGAAAUAGGAGAGUAAAAAGAAAAGUUAUCACUGGUGCUGUAUAUCGUUGUGUUCCUCCUCUAAACAAAAUUCAAAAUUUAGCAACUUGGAAAGAACUCAUCCGUAGCGCAUUGAAGUUUUGGGAAUCAGAAACCUGCGUUAGGUGGGAAGAGAACGGUCCUGGUGUUGAUCGCGUCGUCUUUUUCAGAGUUGUUGUUGGUAUAUGUGACCAUCAAAGAAUUGUAGCUCAUGAAGUUGGGCAUUCCCUUGGAUUUUGGCACGAGCAGUCAAGACCUGAUAGAGAUGAUUACAUACGUGUUAUAAAGAAGUAUAUUGCCAGUGGAACAGAAGGUAAUUUUGUUAAGAGAACUGCGCUGGAGACUGACGAUAUGGGAGUACCGUUUGAUCUCGGAUCCGUUAUGCAUUAUGGGCCAAUGGCAUUUACAACUGACUGGAGUCAUAUAACUAUUGAAACAAAAGACCCAAAAUAUAGCCACACCAUUGGACAAAGGGCUAAACCGUCAUUCAUAGAUGUAAAACAAGUUAACCGGCUUUACUACGUUUGUGGAAACUCACCGUUAGCAUGUGGAAAUGGUGGGUAUCCUGAUCCGAACAACUGUAACAUUUGUAAAUGUCCAACGGGUCUUGGUGGUCAACUGAUUUUUAAACUUCAUAUUUCUAUUGCCCUUAUAGGCUCUUGCGGUGGUGAAUUGACAGCUACAGAUGAGUGGAAAGAACUAGCCUUUAAAGGUGGAAAAUCAGUUUGUUACUGGAGGAUUAAGACUGGAGAUAAGCGAAUUCGAUUACGGGUUGAUUCUGUCAGUCUUCGUUGUGACGUUACAUGCCGAAAUUUUGUGGAAAUAAAGCACAAUUCUGAUUUUCAGCAAACGGGCUUUAGAAUAUGUUGCUCUGAAGACAGUGAUGAAGUGAUAUCUGAACAGAACGAGGUGCUAAUUAUUUACGAUUCUAUGGAUUUGGAUUAUGAAGGCGGUUUUACUUUACGUUAUGUCAAAGACACUGGUAAACCACUGCCAAAACGACCAGCACCUCAGUGGGUACGUGGCCGUGAAAACCGUUCAUUCCGUGGCCUUGGCUCAAAGGCCGGUCCAAUUGAGAAGUUCAUCGUCAAUGCAAUUCCUCAGAUUCGUGAUCCAAAAAGACCAAUUGAGACGAUAGCAUCGAUUGUAACCGAUUUUACUGUAGGACAGCUAUUAGGCGUUAGUAGGGAUUAG